AUUCGUCAGCCACCGGAAGACAAGUUUUAUAGCCUACUGUUUGUGGAAUUAUGUUGCUUUAAUGCUUAAUUAAUUUUUACGGAAAUUUAACUGAACUUAACGAAAUCUUGCUAUUCACAGCGGUGUCAGAUACCUUGUGUUUUUAUUUGCUUUUACUGUUCUUCACUGUAUGUAUGAUUGAUUGUUACACACGUUUUUGAUUUAUUCAUUUUCAAAACGCCAGCAGUGUUAUAAUACGCUGUUUAGCUGUAGAAUAUGUUUUCGCUCAAUACACUUUGAGCGGCCCCCCAAAUUUAGCCACUACGAACUAGUGAGCUGUCACAGAGCUGCAGGCAUCUGUUUUGAUGGCGCUGUUCCCGCACUUCUGUGUCUGCGCAACAAGUUGUCUGCCACUUCGGCAGGCACCGCGCGCACGGAAACUGUGGUCCGACGGUGCACAUCUCGCCGUAGCACCUUCAGCUCUCCGGGCACGGUUUGUGAAAUGCUAAGCAUGUGCAAUGACGUCAUGUAUGUAUUGCUUUCCAAAUGCACGUUCCUUUCUUUCCAUUCAUAGUUCUGUGCAGGCUUACAGGGAGGACGGUCCAGCGCCGAGAUGCGAAUUGGCACCGUGAGAAUUCUGGAGCUCACUGCCGCAUGGGUCACUUAGGCAGAGAAUACAGGCAGCCGGGAGUCCGCGUGAGAAGAAAAGCGAAUUCGGCUGCAGAAUGCAUUAUAGCGAAAAGUAUAACUUUUAUUUUUUCUGUUUUUCCGGACGUGAUUUUUUGCUCUGCAAUCUUAAACAGAAAUUGUAGGUGUUCCUAGUGCUGUGCUUUUCCGUAACCGCGCAAAUAUUAAUGUCCAGUUUAGGAAUGAACGUACAUGAACGAAUCGAAGUUCUUUUUCUACUUGAUUUCUUUUCCUCGCGCUUUUCCACGGAUGAACAUUAAUCUGCUAUGGGGAAAGUCCGCUGUCAACAUGAGUUUGGACACUGAGGAUGCAGCGAAUUUAUGGGGCAAUGGUUCUUCGGAACUGUUAAACGGGACGUCGGUGUAUGCCAAUAACUCUAACGUUACCUGGAGGAAUAACAGCGAACUCGUUCCUUUGGACCUUACCCGGGCGGUGCCGCUGGGUAUCGUUCUCGGGGCUUUCAUCGUGUUCGCAAUCGUGGGAAACAUCCUUGUCAUUCUCUCCGUGGUGUGCAACAGGCAUCUGCGAACCCCUACUAACUAUUUCAUUAUCAACUUGGCCAUCGCUGACCUGUUGCUGGGCACCACCGUGCUUCCCGUGUCCGCCACCCUGGAGAUUCUCAACUACUGGGUGUUCGGGAAGAUUUUUUGUGACAUUUGGGCAGCAGUGGAUGUUUUGUGCUGCACGGCAUCGAUAAUGAGCCUGUGCGUGAUAUCCAUAGACCGCUACAUCGGCGUGAGCUACCCGCUGCAGUACCCGAGCAUCGUGACGGAGAAAAGGGCACUGUUGGCAAUGCUCGGGGUGUGGGUUCUUUCCUUGGUCAUCUCCAUUGGGCCGCUUCUCGGGUGGAAACAGGAGACCCCACCUGAAGACACGGUUUGUUUGAUCACCGAGGAGCCGUUUUACGCGCUAUUCUCUUCCCUGGGAUCCUUCUACAUACCUCUGGUCGUAAUCCUGGCCAUGUACUGUCGGGUGUACAUCGUCGCCAAACGGACCACCAAGAAUCUGGAGGACGGGGUGAUGAGGGAGCGAAUGAAUUCGAACGAGCUGACGCUCAGGAUCCACAAGGGCUCGCAGAUGCACGAGGACGGCGGAGGCGCGGGCAAGGGCCGCGGGCACCACUCGAGGAGCUCGCUCACGGUCAAGCUGCUGAAGUUUUCCCGGGAGAAGAAGGCUGCGAAAACCCUUGGCGUCGUGGUGGGCAUGUUUACGCUCUGUUGGCUGCCGUUCUUCCUGGCGUUGCCCAUAGGGUCGUUCAACGUCAGCCUGCGUCCGCCCGACACCCUCUUCAAAGUCAUCUUCUGGCUGGGCUACUUCAACAGCUGCCUCAACCCCAUCAUCUACCCCUGCUACAGCCGCGAGUUCAAGCUGGCCUUCAUCCGCAUCCUCCGGUGCCAGUGGCGUCGCAGGAAACGCCCAGGCUUCCGGGCCUACGACUGCCGCGGCUCCAACUUCGGCUCCUGCGGCCGCUCGCGCAAGGACUCGGCGGACAACGCGUCGGGCUGCCUGAACGGGAGCCAGCGCACGCUGUCCUCGGCCAGCCCCAGCCCCAGCUACCUGAGCAAGGCCUCGCGCUUCGGCCUGGAGCUGGAGCCCUUCCAGGGCUGGGGGCCGCGCUUCUCCCUGCCCGGGAGCGCCCCCGAGAGCCCGCUGGGGCUCCCGACGGGCGGGGCCGACCCGCUGGCCGCCGCCGGGGAGUACGGCGGGACGGCGGCCCGCGCGGGCGCGGCCGGGGAGCGGAACGGGCGAGGGGGGGCGGAGCCGGCGGCGAGGGGCGUGGCCACGAGCGGGAUCCCCGUGUGAGGCCGUCGGACCGCCGUCAGCAGAGAGAGAGAGAGAGAGAGAGAGCCCGCGUCGUCGCCGACGGCGACGUUUGCGUGGGACCCUCCCAAACUCCGGGCGUUGGGUUGCAGGCGUCGCUGACGUCAUCGGGGUCGAAAUGUCAGGGAGCGGUUGGCUGUCGCUGCUUUCGCCCGCAGACCAGACAGACAGACAGGUGUCACGGACACGGCCUGUUCUAAUGCAGGAGCACUGAAAGAGCCUCUCUCAGACUGUCCUGGGGGGAGAAAUACUGAUUUAAACUGAGGGUAUAUUAAUAAAGGGACUGACUCAUAGCCUACAUGCACUGGCCUUAUGAACAGAAAUAUCAUUCCGUCUGGCGAAGGGAAAAAAGGGGACACAGUGUGUUUUAUAGGUUGUCUUUCUUUAGUUUAGUCAUGUGGUGUCUUUAUUGCAUUUUCCCUUUAACGUGAUCGAACGCAGUUAGAAUCGGUCCAGAAGCAUGAAGGACAACAAAAAAAAAGCCAGUCUGAACGGACCGAAGAGAAAAAGCCUUUUGACUCUUUUCUUUUCCGAUGUCUGCCCAGCCUCAGGAGUCAAUCGCGUUCUCCAUACGUUGAAUAAUAAUCUACACUUGCACUUCCUUUACAUCACCCCGGAGUCGUGUAGUGCAGUGUUUGGCCACUGAACUCACAGACUGCGUCAGAGUCGUGAAACAGGAAGCCUCGAGGAGUGGACACACGUCUGCAUUGAACGUCUGCCGCACGUGGAAGGUAUCGAAGCGCCCUUUACGUUCACUUUAUUCCCUUGGUACUCACACCAUGUAGAAACACCCAGAGGGUCGUGUCUUAGUUUUCGGCGUGUGUUUUAGUUUCGGUGCGUGUGGUCGAGUAAACCGUGUAUGAAAAAAGUGUAUGAAAAGAGCAGUUCGUGAAAGGUGAUCGUGCAUUUCAAACGGAUUCGCCUUCACGGAGCGUAAUAUAUGACAUGAGAUAAAACUAUAGUAUAUAUUUAAUAUAUGUCAAGAUAUGUUGUCUAUUUUAUAAGAUAUAUAAAUUAUUCCCACUGUCAUGUAAUUUCACACUUUUUACGCAUAUUGUGUAUGUACCUGCAAAUAUGUUUUUUUUUAACUGCAUGUAAAAAAAAAAAUGCUGCAAUAAUGGAUAUAUUUGUCGCUUGAUAUGUCUGAGAUUGUGUAUUACUCUCAAAAAGCAUCAACCGUCAAACGGUGUAAUGAAAUGCACCGUCUGCUGUAAAUACAUCUGGUUAAUCUUUUAAAAGUCACAGUCCAAAAGAAGAUUUUGGAGUGAAAAUAAUGUUCUGUAGACGGACACAGAAAUCACUCCGAGGUCUGGGACCUUCUACUCGCCCUGCUCAUCGUUUUCUUUAAAAGAAAGGGAUAUAUAAAGCUGACUGGCCGCUCGUGCUCUUCCACGUAAACGACGGACCCCUGAAACGUUUUUGUGAGACCAGCAGACGACAGCUUUUUUUAAAGCACGAGGAGAGUUUGUUGUUGUUUUUCCACCGUCUUCGUCGUGUUUUUAUCUGGUCAUCGCAGGAGCCCACCAGAACUCAAGCUGUGCAUCGGGAGAAUUCAGUUCAGCGCACAUUUUGAUUAUUAUGACUGUGUGGUCAUGUGGUUUCCCUGAGAGGCAACGCCCUCUAAGUAUUCUAACCAAUCACAGAGGGGCAGUGGAGCAUCCGGAUAGGACGAAGGGGGAGAUCUCAAACAAGGCAUGCUGUGUAGAUCACUGCAUUAUCCAUCCAGUUCCAUUUGGUCCUUCCACAUGGCCAACCGCAUUGUAAAUACAGAUAACAAAACAUAGAGGUUACGUGUUUUAUGGUGUGUACUGAAGUUAGGGCACAUAAAUUAUUCUAGUUUGUUAUCAUCUGUCUUUCAUUGCAUUUUGGUGGGAGAUAUUGGUAAUAAAACAAAUUUAUUGAUGUUA